AUAUGGCAGCAAGAUUUGAGGUUGCAUACAGAGAGAUAACUCAACUCCUCUGCCUUCUACCUCUCUCCUCUUGCUCCUUUUAAAUUACUAACAUAACAAUAAUGGCCCUUAGUUUUAUGAAUCACAACCCUUGGAUUUUUGCUUUUGGUCUUCUAGGUAACAUUUUCUCGUUCAUCGUAUUUCUGGCCCCAGUGCCUACAUUUAUAAGGGUGUGUAGAAAGAAAUCAACGGAAGGAUUUCAAUCAAUUCCCUACGUGGUUGCGCUGUUCAGUGCUCUGUUAUUGAUAUACUAUUCCACACUGAAUGCGGAUGAGUUCUUUCUUAUGACCAUCAACUCUGUUGGCUGUUUCAUUGAGACCAUUUACAUCGCUUUAUACAUUGCCUAUGCUCCCAAGAAGGCUCGGAUAUUCACUGUGAGGUUUGUUCUGCUGUUGGACGUUGUUGGGUUUUGUUCUAUUCUGGUAGUGACCCAAUUUCUAGUGAAGAGGGCUUACAGAGCCCGCGUGAUUGGUUUCAUUUGUGGAGGUCUCUCCGUCAGCGUUUUUGCAGCUCCUCUCAGCAUCAUGAAGAGAGUUAUCCGUACAAGAAGCGUCGAGUACAUGCCUUUCUCUCUCUCUUUUUUCCUCACACUCAGCGCUGUCAUGUGGCUCUGCUAUGGUUUGUUCCUCAAGGAUUUAUACGUUGCGCUUCCAAACACAUUGGGAUUCACAUUCGGGAUGGCUCAGAUGAUUCUGUACGCCAUCUACAGAAACGCCAAGCCGUUGCCUUCCGAGGAAAAGCUCCCCCAACACAAAGCCGAUAUCGAAACUCAAAUUGUAAUAACGGCCACCCCUACUAAUCCUGAUGACCAUCAGGGCGAUGAGCAUCAAAAUCAAGAUCAAGUUAUUAAUGUUCCUCCACCACCUCCUCAAUCCAACACCAACCAUGCACCAUCAGUAUGCAACAAUAAUGACAAAUAUUGCAUGGACAAUAACAUGGCCCCGCCGCCCAUGGUCAAAUGUGAGGCUUGAGUUUUUCAUGCAUGUAUCAUCAUCAUCAUCCACCAAUCUCCUCCCUGCAAUCACUUGUAUUAUUGUAUAAUGUCUUCUUUUUCUUCUUGUUAUUGUUGUUGUUGUUAGAGUAACUUUAAUUUAUGUAUUUCUAAACUCGGGAGAGAGGUUCCAUAUCCAUGUACAAUUUAUAUAUUUAUAUAUAUAUGCUUUUAAUUUAAUCA